CGAUGAGCGGAGCGGCCCCGACCCGCCCACCGAUCGAUCGAUGGCUCGGCGGCCGGCGGUUACCAGGGAGACGGGCGGCGGCGGCGACGAGCUUCAGUCCCGGGCCUCCUCCGCGUCACAUCAGCCCCGCCGCUCGAUCCGUUACCCGCCGCCUCGAGGCGACCCGGAGCAGCGCGAGCUUCAGUCACCGGCCCCCGACCACAGCACCAGCCCCGGGCCUGUGACUGGGAGCAACCCCGGGCCGGUGCAGCCGCAAUGGCGGAGCAGGACCCGGCCACGCUGGCACUAAUAAACUACUACUGCCAAAAAAAUUACUUUAAUCAUAUCCAGAUUGCUGCAGAUGUGGGUAUGAAAAAAUAUGGCAAUGAUGCGGUGUUCCUAUUCUUCCGUGCUUAUGGGAUACUUAUGGAAGAUCGCAUUCAAGAAGCUAUCCGUGAGCUUGAGGUUGUUAGGGAGAAGCAGGAUGUAUCACUCUGCACCACCAUGGCUUUAAUCUAUGCUCAUAAAAAAUGUUCAGCUCCAGAUCGUGACACCAUUCAAGAACUGGAUAACAAACUCAAAGAGAACCGGAAGACUGCAGGGCAGAUGGCAUUGUAUUUUGCUAGUCUCUUUCUUUGGCAUAUUGGGCGUCACGACAAAGCUCGCGAAUAUGUUGACAGAAUGAUCAAGGUUUCGAGUGGAUCACGAAAGGGUCUAAUCUUGAAAGGAUGGAUUGAUCUAACCAGUGGGAGAGACGCAAAUGCUAAAAAGGCCAUAAAAUACCUUGAUGAAGGAAUCCAGGAUGGAAAUGAUAUAUUUGCCAUGAUGGGGAAAGCACAGUACUUUGAGAUGCGACAGAACUUCUCAGGGGCUUUGGAAAUGGUAAACCAAAUAAUAGUUCAUUUUCCUGGCUUCCUGCCUGCUUUUGUAAAGAAGAUAGAGCUACAACUAGCCUUGCAGGAUUGGGAACAGACAAUUGAGACAGUCCACAGAGUGUUGGAGAAGGAGAGUAAUAAUUUUGAAGCACUAAAGAUGUUGGCUGUCCAUUUAUUGUGCAGAGAGGGAAAUAUUAAAGAGGCUGGCAAUAGACUUGGUGAUAUAAUCAGUGUACUGGAUCGCCUUGAACCUCACAAUCCUUAUGUUUUCUUCAACGUGGCGUUGGUUUUCAGCAGAAUGUGUGGGCGAAACCAGAUCAUCCUUCAACAGACGUACACCUUGGUUGAAAGAGCGUUCAGCAUGUCCUCGGAUAAUGCGGAGAUUGCAAAUGAGCUUGGCUAUCAGAUGAUAUUACAAGGAAAAAUGAAAGAAGCAGUGAGAUGGUACAAAACAGCAAUGUCACUGGAUGAAACUAGUAUCCCUGCAGUAACAGGCAUUAUAAGAUGCCAACUAAUCAAAGGACAGCUAGAAGAUGCAGAGCAACAACUGGACUUUCUUAAUGAAAUACAACAAUCUAUUGGAAAAUCUGCGGAAUUGUCGUAUUUGUGUGCGGUUUUGGCAGUGAAAAAGCACAAAAGACAAGAUGAAGUUAUUAAUUUGUUGAACGAUGCUGUUGACACCCAUUUUUCUUCACUGCAAGGCCUGCCACUUGGAAUUCACUACUAUGAAAAAUUAAAUCCUGACUUUUUAUUAGAAAUAAUUCAUGAAUACCUCGCCUUCUGUCCCACGCAGCCUGCAACUCCUGGCCAACCUCUAUCUCCAUUGCUGAAACAAUGUGCAUCCGUGCUGGAGACUAUCGUGAAGACAGUGCCAGGACUAUUGGAGGCUGCCUUUUUAAUGGCCAGGGUCAAGUACUUGGCAGGUGAUGUUGAUGCCGCCCAGCUCAAUCUGCAACAUUGUUUAGAACAGAAUCCUUCAUCUGCAAAUGCCCAUCUCCUGAUGGCCCAAGUUCACUUGUCUCAAGAAAAUUUCAAACUCUGCUCACAUUCCCUAGAAAUGUGUUUGAGUUAUAAUUUUGAAGUUCGGGAGCAUCCUCUGUACCAUUUGAUUAAAGCCCAGACUCAGAAGAAAAUGGGGGAUGUUCAGGAAGCGAUUAAGACCUUGCAGAUCGCUACAGGUUUACCUGCGAUGAAAAAACCUGGAAGUGCAUCCAAAUCUAAAAGCAAAAUCGUUGAGUUUAGUGCAGCCGAUCGUGUUUCCAUUUUCCUGGAGCUGGCAGAUGCCCAUUGUAGCAUCGGAGAACAGCAUGAAGCUGCCAAGGUGAUGCAAGAUGCUAUCAAUGAAUUUACUGGCACCUCUGAAGAAUUAAGAGUCACAAUAGCUAAUGCAGACCUUGCCGUUGUACGUGGGGAUAUAGAGCUGGCACUUAGCAUGCUUCGAAAUGUCACACCUGAACAGCCUUACUUUAUUCAAGCAAAAGAGAAGAUGGCAGCUAUUUACCUCGAUCAGAGGAAAGACAAGCAGUUGUACGCAAGCUGUUACAGGGACUUAAUCGACAAAUUGCCUGGACCUCACACCUUCCUUUUGUUGGGCGAUGCGUAUAUGAAUAUUCAAGAGCCAGAAAAGGCCAUUGAUAUAUACGAACAAGCACUAAAGAAAAAUCCAAGAGAUGGAACUCUGGCUAGCAAGAUUGGAAAAGCUCUUAUUAAAACACAUAAUUAUGCUAAGGCAAUUAAUUAUUAUGAAACAGCACUGAAGAGCGGCCAGCAGAAUUUUCUUCGGUAUGACUUGGCUGAGCUCCUAUUUAAGCUUCGACAGUAUGAGAAAGCAGAAAAAAAUCUACUGCACUCAUUAGAACAUGACCAUGUAAAUGAUCUUCAAACAUUGAUGGAAGAUGCACGCUAUUUAAUGCUGCUCGCAAAAAUAUAUAGCAAGAAGAAGAAGACUGAGGAUGCUAUCCUUUCAUUGCAGAGGGCACGAGAAGUCCAGGCUCAAGUAUUGAAACGUGUUCAUUUGGAACAGACUGAUGCAGUCCCUGCCCAGAAACAACUUGCUGCAGAAAUUUGUGCUGAAGUGGCGAAGCUUGCUACAGAACAGCGGGAGUAUGAGAAAGCAAUUAAAUUCUACAAAGAAGCUCUAGUCUACAAUGAGAAUGAUCACAAGGUGAUGCUGGAGCUUGCUCGUUUAUACCUUGCUCAAGAUGAUAUUGAUGCCUGCCAACAUCAGUGUGCUAUCCUGCUGAAGAGUGACCAAGACAACGAUGCAGCUACCAUGAUGAUGGCUGAUUUGAUGUUUAGAAAGCAGGAUUUUGACCAAGCAGUAUUUCACUUUCAACAACUGUUGGAGCGCAAACCAGAUAACUUUAUCACAUUGGCACGCUUGAUUGAUUUGUUGCGGAGAGCUGGAAAACUAGAAGAUGUUCCAAGGUUCCUUGAUAUGGCUGAAAAACACACUCCAAGACCAAACUCUGAGCCUGGCUUCAAUUAUUGCAAAGGAUUGUACCUCUGGGUCACUGGGGAGCCGAACGAUGCACUCCGACGCUUCAAUAAAGCUCGUAAGGAUAAUGAUUGGGGGCAAAAUGCAGUUUAUAAUAUGAUAGAGAUUUGCAUGAAUCCAGAUAAUGACACCAUAGGAGGAGAAGUCUUCGAGAACCUGGAUGCAGAUGUGCGAAACUCAACUGAGAAACAGGAGUCGGAGCAGCUGGCUGUCAUGACAGCAGAGAAGCUUCUGAAGGAACUCAAACCCCAGACCAUUCAAGGUCACACCCAGCUCCGUAUCAUGGAAAGUUGCUGCCUCAUGGCAACAAAGCAGAAAGCUAAUGUGGAGCAGGCCCUCAAUGUCUUCACAGAAAUAGCAACUGCUGAGAAGGACCACAUCCCUGCGCUGUUUGGAAUGGCCACAGCCUACAUGAUUUUGAAGCAGACUCCUCGUGCAAGAAACCAGCUGAAGCGCAUUGCAAAGUUAAACUGGAAUGCGGUGGAUGCUGAGGAGCUGGAAAAGAGUUGGCUGCUCCUGGCGGAUGUUUACAUUCAGUCUGGCAAGUUUGACAUGGCUUUAGAACUGCUCAAACGCUGCCUGCGCCACAAUAAGUCUUGUUGCAAGGCCUAUGAAUACAUGGGUUACAUUAUGGAGAAAGAACAAUCUUAUAAAGAUGCGGCCUUUAAUUAUGAGAUGGCUUGGAAAUACUGCAACCAGACAAAUCCAACCAUAGGGUACAAGCUGGCUUUUAACUACUUGAAGGCAAAACGAUAUGUUGAUGCCAUUGACAUUUGUCAUAAGGUAUUGAAAGCUCAUCCCAAAUAUCCAAAGAUGAGGAAAGACAUUCUUGAUAAAUCACGGGCAGCUCUGCGCUCUUAGUGUUGCCCACAUUUCCAAAAGAUGUUCAUAGGAGUAUAUGUUUGCCAUGUUAAUUUUAUAUUGUGUGCAAAUCCUAAUUCACAAUUUAAAAAAUUUAGAUUUUCAAUGUUUUAUAAUUCAAAAAAUAAUUUAUAUUGUAUUUUGUUUUUUUUACAGUAAUGUUAUCCUUUAAUGAUGUUAGUAUUUAUAGAAAUUAUGCAUAGUCACUAACUAUCAUACACAAUUCAUUUUUGAUAAUUUUCUUACUGAGUUAUCUUACAAGACCCUACAUUUGGUGUCAGCGUUUGACUCAGUUGUUCAUUACAUUUUAUAUAUCUCGAGCACAAAUGUAUCAAUUAUUAUUCUCUAGUGUUAGUGUUUUAUUGCCUUGAGCUUUUGGUAAAGGUUCAAUCUAUUCUGAAAAAGUUAUAUUCCAAAAUGAAGAAACAAUGAACUGCAGAUGCCGGUUUACAAAAAAAGACACAAACUGCUGGAGUAACUCAGCAGAUCAGGCAGCAUCUCUGGAGAACAUGGAUAGGUGAUGGUUUGGGUUGGGACCCUUCAAUUUAAAUUAAAAAAAAUAAAAGUUAAUUUCCAAUGUGUGUUUGUAGUGGAUCACUGUAAUGAAAUUUUAAAUCCAAGACAAAACUAAACUAUCUGUUUAACAUU